CAAAUGUUAGUUACAUUUAGUUUACAGUUAGUGUAAAAAAGUUUGAAAAACCAAAUUAAAACAGUCAGCUCAUGAUGAUGAUGAAGGAAAACAAAUAUUGAUGCAGCACAUUAUUACUUAUUCCCAUGUCACAAUUUGUUUUAAAACAGGGCGCCUUGAUUCAGGUGUUUUCACUUCAUUUCAUUUCAUUUUAACUUUACACAGCUUUAAUCUAAACUUUAUUUAAGCUGCGCACGAUAAGUCCUGUAGAUGUUUUCAUUCUGGUUGCCCACUUGCUGAUAAACAGGCCAAACGCUGUGCGGGUUGCGCCCACUUUCAGGGCUCAGGGACGUCAUAUGAACAUGCGUCAGUUGAAGGAGAAGGGCGAGGACAACAUCUGCAAUGGCUCCGCAAUACGCACCAAGUCUGCGCUCCCGCCUGGCACCUUUGUUGAUCAUUCUACAGGCAGCAUUCAUCAUCAUAUAUGUCUUUUUCGAUAAAGUCAUAAUCGACAAACAGAAAGAUAAGGACACCUUCAGCAACUUUUACGCAGAGUUCCAGGACGUGAACGUGAUUGUGAUUGUAGGUUUUGGCUUCUUAAGUACUUUUCUGGUGCGAUAUGGUUUCAGCGGCUCUGGGUUCAACCUCCUUGUGGCUGUUGUAGCCACUCAGUGGGCCGUUAUACUCAAAGGUUUUAAGUCUUGGUAUGACGGAGGAGAAUUCACGUUAAGUUUGAGAAGCUUGGUAGAUGCUGAAAUGUGUGCAGCCUCUGCCCUCAUUUCCAUUGGAGGCGUGCUGGGAAAAACCAACGCCGUCCAACUUGUCGUCAUCUCCCUGCUGGAAGUGUCAGGAUUUGUAUUAAAUACCUGGAUCCUGGAGACUCUGGUGAAGGUCCACUCUUUGACCGCCAUUAUGAUGCUUCACGUCUUUGGGGCUUUCUUUGGACUCAUGCUGACCUGGGUCCUGUUUCGCAAAGGAUCAGAGCAGCAAUUUGAAAAGGAGACAUAUGACCGCAAAACUGGCUUGUUCUCCAUGUUGGGGGCCGUGUUUCUCUGGAUGUUUUGGCCCAGUUUUAAUUCAGUCCUUGUGGACUCUCCUAAGAGGAAACUGGAAGUCGUGUGCGGCACCUACCUGGCUCUGGCUGCCAGCGUUGUAACAGCGGCCGCUGUGUCUGUGCUCUCCAGUCCCAAGGGAAAACUCAACCUGAUCCACAUACAGUCAUGCAUCCUUGCUGGUGGUGUUGCUGUUGGCGUGGCCAGUUCAGCAGUUCACCAGCCAUGGGAAGCCAUGACAAUUGGAUUCACUGCUGCUGUUGUAUCCACCAUUGGAGUCCAAUACAUUAAGAACCACAUGCUACUUGCAUUUCAGUGCCAUGACACCAGUGGGGUUCUCAGUGCACACGGAUUCCCUGGUCUACUAGGAUGGCUAGCACAUCUCCUCCUGCAGAUUAAAGACUGUGAAGACCACACAAUAGCUAUCCGGUUUGCUGUAUUUCACAUUUGUACCCUUCUCAUCACGAUCACUAUGAGUUUGUCAAUGGGAAUCAUCACAGGAGUUCUAUCUAAGUGGAGUUUCUGGAGAAUGCCCCAAGACAACAAAUGUUUUGAUGAUCAAGCUUACUGGGAGGUGAAUACUAUAAUCAUCAUUGGUACCAUAAAUAAAUAAACAGCAGCAAUACUUAACAGUAACACAAAAAACUGUAUUAUAUACUAACAAAAUAUUUGGUUUACAGUUUCACCACGUUUCCCUGCACAAAUAAAAAGAAGGUAUAAGCAGACCAAGUCUACUGAUGGAUGUAAGAGUAUUUCUGGGCCCAAAGUCAUGCAAAUGCAAAGACUUAAUUUAAUUUAUUGUUUUAUUUUAGUAAAAAGUAAUAUUUUAGCGAUACGAUUUUGUCAAAAUAUGCUUUCACAUAUUCUCUAAUUGUUAAAGUUGUUGUGUGUGUCUGUGUUUAUACACAGACACACACACACACACACGUAUAUAAAUGUAUUUGUGGUGUAAUUGUAAAUAAAAUGGUCUACAGUUAGAGAAGAAUAAAUAAGACUUCAUUACUCUUCA